AUGGGCUUAUUGAUACUUAACUACUUUACGCACCAUAACGAGGUUAUGUUGUUGGGGCAUAGUGAUACUUACACAAGGGACAAGGUGAUGCAGGUUACUUUUGCUUAUAACCAUUUUGGUAGAGGUCUUAUUCAGAGGAUGCCAAGGUGUAGGCAUGGAUACUUCCAUGUAGUGAACAAUGACUACACACACUGGGAAAUGUAUGCAAUUGGUGGCAGUGCUAGUCCCACCAUCAAUAGCCAAGGAAACAGAUAUCUUGCUCCGAGAAACCGGUUUGCUAAAGAGGUGACAAAGAGAGACUAUGCAGGGCACUGGCAAUGGAAGCAUUGGAACUGGAGAUCAGAAGGAGACCUUUUCCUAAACGGUGCUUUCUUCACACGUUCUGGAUCAGGACGUGGAGCUAGCUACGCUCGAGCUUCAAGUUUGGAAGCCAAAUCGUCAUCCCUUGUUGGCGUCAUUACCUCUAAUGCUGGUGCUCUUAAUUGCAGAGGUGGUCGCCGGUGUUAAUACUUGUUCAUUAGUCUGCUUUUGGGUUCUUACAUUUAUGCAUGGCAAUAGCACUAUUGAAAUGUUGAGGCUUGAUUUAAAAACUGCCUCAACUGUAGUAUAAAAGUUGUAUGAUUACAUUCUUGUUUUACCACUCUCUUAUAUUUGAUGUAUCUAUAAAAGCAAACAAAGUUGGGACUCCUCCUUUACUAUCUUAAUUUCUUAUUACAUCGUGGAUAAGAGAAUCUUGAAACCCACCAAUUCAUUGGUUAAGUGCUAGACAAAACAUAGACUCAUAGAGCACUUUCUAUGAAAUAUAUUUUGAUAUCUUAAUUUCUUCUCCCGUUUAUCAUUUUCACAUAUUCUUUCAAAUGUAUUUUGCUAUUUUCUUCUUAAAUAAGCACUAAAAUUUGUUUGGUCUCUAAAAUAGUCUUUUCUAUUUCUUAUUCUAUAUAGAAGAUGGCUAUUUUUACCAAAAAAAAAUAAAAUAAAUUUUGUUCUAAUCUAUUAUUUAAAAUAGCAUUUUCUAUUUCUUACUAUAAAUAUAUAAUAUUGUUGUUUCUUCCUCAAAAGACACUAAUUAGAGUAAGAAAUAUAUGUUAGUUGAAUAAACAAAUUGCUGAAAUAUUGGAGAUCUUUUCCUUUGCUAACUCUCCCAGAUUAUUUGUAAUUUCUAUCUGAUCUGACCAAUUGCUGAAAUAUUGGAGAUCUUACUUUCUCAAGUUAGUUACAGUGGUGACUAUGUUCGUGUAGCUUAUUAGAUUUGGCUCUUAAAUUUACGAGUAUUAAUUAGUUCUGCAAAGAUUAGGGUGCUAUUUUUUGGAUAAUUCAGUGUUAAUAUUGGGUGUGUAAAAUCCCGUCAAUUUUAAAUAGGGACUAAAAUAAUAUAUUUAAAUGUAGCAUUACUAACUCAAACACUUGAAAAGUAUUUUGUUUCUCA